AUGCGACGAAGUUGUGCCCCAUCCAUGAAACGGACUUGUGAUGCCAGCGCUGCGUUACAACCGGUCAAGAAAACAAUAAAUACAGCGGAGAAGCCACUAGCUAGAGGAUUUCAUCAAGAUCGUUCCUCAACUACCACAGUAGGCCAACAAAGCAGCCAGAGUGCCGUAUUGAAACCGAAGAACUCCAAUGGAAAUGAUACUACAAUCAUUUUUACCGUUGUUUGGGGUAAAAUAAGCACCCGAAAACACAAAACUUGGGAAGGAGACGGUACACUCGAAGUGUCCGGUAGAAGUGCCGUGCUGAAGGAUGAAGAAGGCCGAAUAAUAACGUCGACCAGUGGGUUAAAGGUCGAAGAGGUAACGGAAGGCAUCCAGCUAGUUGUUGGAUCGAAGGAAGUCGAAGUGUUGGAGAAAUGGAGGGAAAAACAAUCUCCAACAGACUGCAGCACAAAUUUAUCGACAGUUGCGGGCAGUUCGAAACAUGGGACGACGGCAUUGCCUGCCAAAAAAAGUUUUAAACCACCGGAGCAAAGAGUACAGCAGGAAGAGAUUGAACCGUUGCAACCGAUAAACGAUUCGUUUACCUUUCCAGUUAAAUCUUCACCUUCAUCUACAUCCAGCGCUAGUAACACUUUCAAACCGGGUUCUUCGAUUAUAGAUGAGACAAUAGUAGAACCGUUGAUAAUGAAGAAACCGUCAUUCGAACAUCAAUUCCAGUACAAUGUGGAGAAUGUACCCAUACCGGAAGUACACGUUCCGCCCUGCCUUACCCGUCAUUUGCGUCCACACCAGCGUGAAGGUGUUGCGUUUCUCUACGAAUGUGUGACUGGCAUGAGAAUGCUACAACCGCCCGGUUACGGUGCAAUUUUGGCCGACGAAAUGGGUCUCGGAAAAACGCUCCAGUGUAUCGCUCUAAUGUAUACGCUGCUAAAAAGCGGACCAUAUGGAAAACCGCUAGCCAAGCGCAUACUGAUUGUCACGCCGAGCAGCUUGGUGGAAAAUUGGGAUCGUGAAAUUACCAAAUGGUUGCGAAACGAACGAAUCUUUACCUUUAUCGUUGGGCCAAACAAUAAGCUGAAACGGUACGCACAAUCGUCGCACAUCCCGAUACUGAUCAUAUCGUACGAGAUGCUGUCCAAGCAAAUCGGUGAACUAGACACGGUGCGAUUCGACUUGAUGUUUUGCGAUGAAGGACAUCGGCUUAAAAACAACAAUGUAAAAGCAUUUGGUGUGCUGAAUCAGCUGGCUUGCAAACGACGCGUGCUUCUGACCGGUACACCGAUACAGAACGAUCUGCAAGAGUUCUUUUCACUGAUAAACUUUGUCAAUCCGGGCAUUAUUGGUUCGUAUCCGGAUUUUAAGGCACGCUACGAAACUCCAAUUAUUGUUUCGCAACGGCCCGGCAUAUUGCCACAAUCGAUCGAGCUCGGCAUUGAGCGGCUGAACGAGCUAAAAGCCAUUACGGAUCGAUUUAUGUUGCGCCGAACGCAGGAAGUGAUUAACCAAUAUCUACCCGACAAGCACGAGGUAGUGAUCCUGUGUCACCCGUCCGAGCUGCAGACCAGCUUGACCCAUACGGCAUUAACAUUUUAUGACAGCGAGAAAGGUUCUUCGAAUGCAAUUUCACCGCUUCAGAUGAUAACAAUUUUGAAGAAAAUUUGCAAUCAUCCUUCGCUCGUGUCGGUACAGGGCAAGGGUGAUCCGGAAUCGUUGGUACGUGUACUGUCGGACCAGUUACCAUGCUGGCAACGAAUGGGACCAAGCGAUUCAGUCAAACUGGCCAUUGUGGAGGCGCUAUUGGAGGCGAUGUUAGUCAAGCAGGAAAAAAUUGUGAUCGUAUCGUACUACGGUAAGACGCUAGACAUGAUUGGUGGGUUGUGUGAGCAUUACAAUUACAAAUACUGCCGGUUGGAUGGUUCAACGGCUGGUCCCGAUCGUGGUAAGAUCGUAGCGGCAUUUAACAAUACCACUUCCGAUUGUUUCAUUCUACUGCUUAGUGCUAAAGCGGGUGGUGCUGGAUUAAAUCUGAUUGGAGCAUCCCGAUUAGUGCUGUACGAUAACGAUUGGAAUCCAGCCAACGAUCUGCAGGCCAUGUCUCGUGUGUGGCGUGAUGGACAGAGGAAACCCGUCUACAUCUAUCGGUUGCUAACUGCCUACUCGAUCGAGGAGCGCAUAUUUCAAAGACAAAUUUCCAAAACAUCCCUUAGCGGGUCGGUAGUAGAUCAGAGACAAAAUCUAAGCAAUCUAAAGCUGUCGGACGAGGAACUGAAGGACCUGUUCUCCAUUAUCGACCCAAACGAUGCAGACGAUUGUUUGACGCACAGUUUACUCGAGUGUUCGUGUGCCGGGAUUGGUAAUGCUCCAGAUAAGGAGGAUAUUUUCGAUGAUUCCAUCGACGAUUUAACAACCGAAAGCCGCUUUCAAUUAAGACCACCCGGUGCAAAGCGCAGCAAAACAAGUAAGAAGAAAUUUGCACUCAAGAUGCAGGAACUAAUGCGCUGGGAACAUCACCGAUCGCCCGUAUCCGAGCGUGUCCUAGAGCAGCUCGGUUUGUCCCGUUGUGCCGACGAGGUCAUCUUUUUGUUUCGAAACAUUGUAUCAGCAACGAAAUAA